UUCGCUCCUCUAUUCAGUCAUCACUCUCUCCUCCUCUCCUCCUCUGCUUCUUUCGUCUCCUAUCCUCAACUCUUCAAAGCCUCAAACCCAAAACCACCACUCUCUCUCUCUCUCUCUCUCUCUCUCUCUCUCUCUCUCUCCUGCUUCCAUGGACGUUCGCUUUUCUGCGAAGCCUCAAAUUCUGACGCUCAUCUCGUGCACGCCGCUCUCCUCCUCCUCCUCCGCUUCGCCGUCGCGUUCCAGUCUCCGAUCAAUCCGAAGAGAAUUUCUCGGCUGCGGCCACAAUCUCCGGCCUCCAGGCUCGCUUCGCUCUCGCGGAAGACAGAGGAAGCCGUGGUCUCACUCUCGCUCCUCGCGCUUCCUCUUCAGAGCUUCUCUCGGUUCGCAUCCGGUCCUCGUCGUAGUCGCCGUCGUCACCGUCUCCGCUGCUUCUGUCGUCUACUGGAAUUUCUUCAAGUCGAAGAAGAAUGCCAGAGAGGUGCCUGGACCUGCAAAUUUUGCGUUACCUCAAAUGGGAGGGAAUGUUAUGAACCAUGUCAUCCAGAGUCAGAUGCUUGAUUUCGGAGAUGUUCGCGAAAUGGAAGUACAGCAAUUGUUGAAGGAUGAGAACAGAGAGAAUAGCCACGCUUCCGUCGAGAAACAGGCUCCACUGCAGUUUCACAAUGCUACAGUGAUGAACCAAGAGACUCUUGUCACCAGCGCAUUACAGUCAUCUGGUUCUGGUGUGCUCGUUUCCGGUGCCAGUAAUUCGACAUUUCUAAACGAGUCUAGUGUUUUGGACCAGUCUCUUUCGCCUCUGCUUUCUGAAUCAGCUAUAUUGGAACCUCUGAAUUUACCGGAAAGUUUGAACGGAUUUCAACUGGACAAGUUGCGAGAGGAAAUUGAGUCCAGCGAAUCUCUGUUUGGCAGCGCUUCUGUUCAAGACAACGGUUCGGUCCAUUUGCAAGAGGAAAUCGUGUCUAAAUUCAAGGUGAAUGGUCAUUCAGUUGCCGAAUUGCAUGAAGAUGAAACGGAUAAGAGACGGCUUGGUGAAGAAGGAGAAAUGACAAGCUAUAAUUUCUUGCUUGGUGAAUCGGUAAGAAAAGAACUUCACAUGUUUUAUGACGAAAACAAGUCAGACGAGAAAGGUAUAGGAAAAAUCAAUGGUCAUAACUCAUUAUCUCCCAAUGCCUCUGCUCCGAAUAGCAAGACGGUUUCUGCAUCAUUGAGGGACACCAUUGUGAAAGGCGGAGAAGCAACCGCCCUGUUUCCACCCCUUAAAGCAGAUAAUCAUGAAUCAAAAAUACCUUUUUCAAGUCAUAAAGAAGGCACUCUUCGUAGUGGAAAAAACUCAGGACAGGGCAGAGGAUAUUCAAGAGACCUAAUAAAAGGAAAUUUGGCUCAGAAUAACCAUAAAGCUCCAGCCAAGUUGACCCGCCUAAAUGGACUGGACGUUGAGCAGAAACAUCAUCCUUCAGAGCAAAUAAGCACUUACAAUCGUUUGGUAAAGGAUGGCAGGUUAUCUGAUGCUGUAGAAUUGCUUGAAGACAUGGAAAGAAGGGGUUUGUUGGACAUGAAUAAGGUUUAUCAUGCAAAGUUCUUUAAAAUCUGCAAAUUUCAGAAGGCUGUAAAUGAAGCUUUUCGUUACGUGAACUUGAUUCCUUAUCCGACAUUGAGUACAUAUAACAUGCUUAUGUCUGUCUGUACGAGUUCCCAAGAUCCAGAGGGAGCCUUCAAGGUUAUGCAACUCGUCCAGGAGGCUGGAUUGAAAGCUGACUGCAAACUUUACACUACUCUGAUAUCAACUUGUGCUAAGAGUGGCAAAGUGGAUUCAAUGUUUGAAGUGUUUCAUAAGAUGGUUAAUGAUGGAGUGGAACCAAAUGUUCACACAUACGGGUCACUUAUCGAUGGUUGUGCUAGAGCUGGUCAAGUAGCAAAGGCUUUUGGUGCUUAUGGUAUAAUGAGGUCUAAGAACGUGAAGCCAGAUCGAGUUGUAUUCAAUGCGCUCAUUACUGCAUGUGGUCAAUCAGGAGCAGUUGAUCGCGCUUUUGAUGUGCUAGCAGAAAUGACAGCAGAGCCAGAGCUGAUAGACCCUGAUCAUAUCACUGUUGGUGCAUUGAUGAAGGCAUGUGCGAAUUCUGGCCAGGUUGAUCGGGCUCGAGAAGUAUAUAAGAUGGUGCAUCAAUAUAACCUAAAGGGAACCCCGGAGGUCUACACCAUUGCUGUUAAUACUAGCAGCCACAUGGGUGAUUGGGAGUUUGCGCGUAAUGUGUAUGAUGACAUGACUAGGAAAGGAGUGCUCCCUGAUGAGAUGUUUCUCAGUGCAUUAAUAGAUGCUGCAGGGCAUGCUGGAAAACUAGAUGCCGCCUUUGAAAUCCUAUCUGAAGCCAAGAAUCGAGGUGUAAAAUUCGGAACUGUAUCCUAUAGCUCAUUGAUGGGAGCCUGCAGCAAUGCCAAAAACUGGCAGAAAGCACUGGAGCUAUAUGAGGAUCUCAAGUCAACUAAGUCGGAGCAAACUGUUUCCACUGUCAAUGCUUUGAUUACUGCUUUGUGUGAUGGUGAUCAACUACAGAAGGCUAUGGAAGUUCUAUCAGAAAUGAAGGCAUUAGGAUUGUCUCCAAAUAGCAUAACUUACUCCAUUCUACUAGUAGCUAGUGAAAAAAAGGAUGAUCUAGAAGUAGGCCUCGUGCUCUUUUCUCAAGCCAAAAAGGAUGGUAUUUCCCCAAAUCUUCUUAUGUCUAGAUGCAUACUCGGCACGUGCUUACGGAGAUAUGAGAAUGCUUCUACACUUGGUGAGCCUGUUUUGUCCUUUGACCCAGGCCGGCCACAAGUUGUCAAUAAAUGGACAUCAUCAGCCUUAAUGGUCUACCGUGACACAAUUGCUGCUGGUGUGACCCCUACAAUUGAUGUUUUAUCCCAAGUUUUGGGAUGCUUGCAGCUCCCUCAUGAUCCCUCAUUGAAAAACCGGCUCAUUGAGAAUCUAGCUGUAAGUGUCGACACAUCAAGACCCUCAAAUCUUUCGUCACUGAUAGAUGGGUUUGGUGAAUAUGACCCCCGUGCUUUUUCAUUACUAGAGGAAGCUGCCUCUUUUGGAAUUAUUUCGUGUGUGUCCUUUAAGCAAAGUCCUGUCAUUGUUGAUACAAGGGAAUUGCAAAUUCAUACUGCUGAGGUGUACCUUUUAACUGUUUUGAAAGGUCUAAAAAAUCGGCUUGCUGCUGGUGCAAAGUUACCAACAAUUACCAUUUUACUGCCUGUUGAGAAAGCCCAACUUACGUCUCCCAAGGAAGAGAAGACAAUCAACCUUGCUGGAAGGAUUGGCCGGGCAGUAGCAGCAUUAUUAAGAAGGCUUGGAUUACCUUACCAAGGGCAUGAAUCACAUGGAAAAAUCAGAAUAUAUGGUUUAACCCUUAAAAGAUGGUUCAAACCAAAGCUUGCCUCUCCUUUUAGUGGAAGACCAGAAGAAAUAAACUUAUCCCAGUUUCGACUCGGAAAAGAGAUCGCUCAUCAGCAGCGUAAUAUUAGAACUGGCAAUCUGUCAUUGGACUGAGGGAGAGGUGAUUUUGCUUUGCAAACAUCCUAAAACUUCAGCCAAUUCUCUAAUUAGUUUUAUCAAAUGCUCUUCCUUGCGCAUUCCCGUCACAAGCCUAACUUUCUACCGCAAUUCUUGGAGUUUCCUUUUAAAAGUCUCAUAGUUAGACUUGUGGUAAAGUGAGCCAAGAAAAGAUGAAGUUGAUAGAAACGUUGGAUCUCAAAGCCAAUUCAUGCAUAGAGGAGAGAUCCAUGGAGCGGCAUAAGCGUAGUUUCAUUUUUCAAAUGUUUCUUGUCUCCUGAAGCUACAGUGAUUGUCCUUUUCAAUAACAUCAUGCAGGUAAAUAGUUAUUAGGGUUA